AAAAACUCCUUCAAUAAAAAAAGUGCGAAAAUUUUCACCACCAUGAUCCAAUUCAAGGGCCUCCUGUGUUUCAGAGUACCCAAUCUUUGCAUCUAAUUUUAUCAAUUCCAUUCAUAAUAUAAUACAGAGUUUCUGAGCUUUACAGAGCGUUGAAGUAGAAUUUGUACAAAAAGUUUCUUUUUCAUUAUAAAUUUUGUUACAAAUCAGUGAAUAAAAAUAUAGAAAUGCAUGGAAAAUCGGGGCAAUCGUCGUUCCGAGAUCGAACGCAGGAGUUUCUGAGCAUAACAGAGAGGCAUCGAAAGUCCUCCUUCUCGACGCCAGCCAACGAUGGCCCAGCAUCGAGUAGCAAUAGUGGCGCGAAACUCGACGGACCUCGAUCUGCGGCUUCGAUUCAAUCGGAGUUCAACAAAAGGGCCUCCAAGAUUGGGCUUGGGAUUCACCACACUUCCCGCAAGCUCACCAAGCUCGCACAAUUGGCAAAAAGGACAUCAGUGUUUGAUGAUCCAGCUCUGGAGAUCCAAGAGCUGACAUCAGCUAUAAAGCAAGAUAUUACUGGACUUAAUUCAGCAGUGAUAGAUCUGCAGCUGGCCUGCAAUUCCCAAAAUGAAAGUGGAAACAUCUCAAGUGACACCACAAAUCAUUCAACCACGGUUGUAGAUAACCUGAAGAACCGACUAAUGAGCACCACGAAGGAGUUUAAAGAAGUGCUCACCAUGCGGACAGAGAAUUUAAAGGUUCAUGAAAAUAGGAGGCAAUUGUUUUCUUCAAGCACUUCAAAAGAGUCAACAAAUCCGUUUGUUCGCCAACGUCCAGUUGCUGCCAGAUCAGCUGCUAAUGCAUCGGCAGCUCCUCCUCCAUGGGCCAAUGAUUCUGCGUCUUCUUCGUCACAGUUAUUUCCUAGGAAGCAGACAGAGAUGGAAUCUCGGCCAUUACUGCAACAGCAGCAACAACAGGUAGAACAACAAGACAGCUAUAUGCAGAGCCGAGCUGAAGCUCUUCACAACGUGGAGUCAACAAUUCAUGAGCUGGGUGGCAUAUUCACACAAUUGGCAACCAUGGUUUCUCAGCAAGGAGAGCUUGCAAUCAGGAUUGAUGAGAAUAUGGACGACACACUGGCCAAUGUGGAAGGAGCACAAGGGCAACUGGCCAGGUACUUUAGCAGUAUAUCAUCCAACCGAUGGCUAAUGAUCAAGAUAUUCUUUGUACUUAUUGUUUUUCUUAUAUUUUUCUUAUUUUUUGCUGCAUAAGGAUGAAUAAAAAUUAUACAAAGCAAAGGAAAGUAACAAAGCGAUAUUUUCCUUUCUAUACUAAAGUUGUAUUGAUAUUGUAUUUUCUGUUAUUUGAAAUACGAAAGAUGGCAUGUAUGGACUACAUGUGAAUUGUGA